CCACUUACGGACAUCGUUGUUGCCUCAAUCGCCCAGAUUGUAUGGGGGGAAGGGUGGAAGGUGGUCUGCGCGGGCAUUCGGCUGUUGAAGAUCAUGGCGAAUGAGGAAGAGGAGCUUUCGCUUCAGGGCCAUUCUCAUGCUACGCAUUGCUAUCCAGUCAGCGAAGCCACACCUGCCGCCUAGCCACUUGGUAGAAGUCGAGGUCAAGGUCGACACCGUCCUCCCGUUGCUCUGGCCUUUACUCGAGCGCCGUUAUAAAUAUACGGCCUCGUCACAGAACGCUGUACCACUGCGGAGAAUGCACAGCGUCCCAGAUCGCUGGCCGGCCUGGCGUCACGAUCUAACCCACUUUGGGCAUCUAAUUGGAAUCCGCGCACGACGAUUGGUAGGCGUGAGGCGACGUUUGCUUCGCCGCCAUGGUCUUUCGCCUCUGCCAGGCAAGAAUGGCUCUACCUCAUGUACACGCGCUGUACGAGCGGAACGGCGACCAUAUGGGCAUGCGCACGACGAGCCUCGUUCGACUCCCUCCUGUCAAUUUUGGGAGUCCUGGAUUACGAACACCUGAGGUUCGGAACCUCGAACGUGGAGACUGCACCGUCGGUUUGGAGGUAAGUUUCCACCGCCAGAAGAUUUCAAUUGCUCCUCGGGCGGCGCGCGCGGAUUUUGGUCUGGAAACGUUGUCCCCUCAUUUGGUCAGACAUAUAAUUGGGGCUGGCAGAUCCGCUGUUAGAAUCGUUCUAGUCGGCCCCGCACGUGUUACGAGCUUGACAUGUUGCAGAGUUAAACCCAGCCAAUAGCAAGAGCUGCUUUACAUUUGACA